AGGUUUGGCGAGUCACCCUCGAGUGGCACCCUCUAGAAAUAGACAAGGGGGCAACACGAGAGGCCGACGGCAAAGCACAAACAUCCCAGAGAGAGGCAGGAGCCAGGAUUGCGAAACCCAGCCAGUCUGGGGUUAACCUCUGUCUCUCUCAGCAGAGGAACAGUCUGAACGGAUAUUGCUGAUAAAUCCAUCCACGUUUGGUCUGCUUGGAUGUUACUCUCAUACAGGGAUAUUGCAUCACUCGCUUUCUCAACUCUUCUGUGACACAAAGAUCCAGGAGACCUCCAACAUGAAGCAGAAGCUGCUGGCUAUGACCGAAACGUUGUGCCCACGCUCUCGGGCCGACUCCCAACCGGAUCUGAAGGCCCAGGCUGGUGCCGGCGAGGAUGAGAAGAUGCGAAUGAGGCGUGAGAUCUCGUUGGGUAACGGUAUCUGCCUGAUUGUGGGGAACAUGAUUGGCUCCGGGAUCUUUGUGUCACCAAAGGGCGUCCUGAUGCACAGCGGCUCCUAUGGGCUGUCGCUGGUCAUCUGGGCACUGGGCGGCAUGUUUUCGGUGUUCGGCGCGCUGUGCUACGCCGAGCUGGGUACCACCAUCACCAAGUCCGGCGCUAGCUACGCCUACAUUCUGGAGGCCUUUGGUGGCUUCCCGGCCUUCAUCCGCCUCUGGACCUCCAUCCUGCUGGUGGAGCCGGCCAGCCAAGCCAUCAUCUCACUGACGUUCGCCAACUACCUGGUGGAGGCGCUAUAUCCCACCUGCCACCCACCGUACGACGCAGUCCGGCUCAUCGCUGCAGCAUGUCUGUGUAUGCUGAUCUUCGUCAACUGUGCGUAUGUGAAGUGGGGAACGCUGGUCCAGGAUCUCUUCACCUACGCAAAGUUAGCCUCGCUAAUGCUCAUCAUCACUAUUGGCAUCAUUAAGAUCGUGACCGGAGAAACCCGGAACUUUGACAAUCCAUUUGAAGGUUCCUCUGUGAAUCCUGGCAGCAUCUCUCUUGCCCUUUAUUCUGCGCUGUUCUCCUACUCUGGGUGGGACACCCUGAAUUUUGUCACGGAGGAGAUCAAGAACCCAGAGAGGAAUCUGCCCCUGGCCAUAGCCAUCUCUAUGCCCAUUGUGACAAUAAUCUACCUGCUGACCAAUGUGGCCUACUAUGUGGUGCUAGACAUCCCCUCUCUGCUGGCCAGUGAUGCGGUUGCUGUGACUUUUGGGAAUCAAGUCCUGGGCCCUUUCAGCUGGAUCAUUCCCAUCUCUGUAGCAAUGUCCUGCUACGGCGGCCUCAAUGCCUCUAUCAUAGCGGCCUCCAGGUUGUUUUUCGUGGGGGCGAGAGAGGGACACCUUCCCAACAGUCUGAGUCUAAUCCAUGCAAACCGUUACACACCUGUCCCUGCUCUGCUGUUCAAUGGGGUGAUGGGACUGAUCUUCCUGUGCGUGGAGGACGUGUUCCAGCUGAUCAACUACUUCAGCUUCAGCUACUGGCUCUUUGUGGGUCUGUCUGUAGUGGGGCUCAUAUACCUGCGCAUCACACAACCCGACAGACACCGGCCAGUGAAGCUCACUCUGCUGUUCCCCUACAUCUACUGUGUAUGCAGUCUUUUUCUGGUCAUCGUCCCUCUCUACGGGGACACCAUCAACUCCCUCAUAGGCAUAGGCAUUGCCUUGUCUGGCGUGCCUGUUUACUACCUGUGCAUUUACCUGCCUGAAGAGAGGCGACCCAAAUUCCUUGGCCGCUUGAAUGCGGCCGUCACCAAAUACGCUCAGAUCCUGUGCUACUGCUGUCUUGCGGAGUUGGACAUGGAGCCUGAGAGAGAGCCAAGUGGGAAGAGUCAGUGAGUCCCACUGAAGAACCCCACCGCCCACCCCCUCACCCCCCGUCUACUGAGAGCCCAUGCCUGGAGCAUGCCCUGCAUGUCCUGACCUUCCCCAAAUGGAAAGCACCGGUCAGGCAGGCCAGAGAACGCUGUGGAUGUGUACAGAAGUGUUACAGAUGGUGACUGACAUACAGAUGAUAAUAGCGUUACAGGCAGUGACUGACACACGGAUUAUAACGUGUUGAUCAUAUCGCUAGUUGCUUCAUUUGACCUCAUUGAUGUGAUGAAAAUGGAUGCACCAAGAACUAGUACCAACAUGUAAAUGAAUUAUUUACAUAAAUCUCCACCUGCAAAGUUUAAAUUUGUUAUUGUUUUAAGUAACUAUAUGUCAAAACUUUUCAGCAGAACAUGCUGAUUUAAAGUCUCUGAAUGGUUAUAAUUCGAUGUAUGCAGUUUUAUUUUAUUUUAAACAGUAGCUGAAGAUAGUUUUGUAGUGUAAAUAGAUAGGUUUGUUGUCACUGUGUCAAUGAUUCAGAUUAGACUUAAUUCAAUAUACCCAAACGAAUGUUUCUCACAAGAAAUGAGUAGCAUAUACAUACCACCUCUUCAGAGUAUAUGACAGCAUCUAAAAGUAUGCACAAAUGCCAAACGCUUCCUCUGUACAUGAAAAAACUGUCCCAGAGUAAACUUCAAGGAGUGAACUUGUCUCCCAUUCAGACCCAGUUUCACAACGCCACCAUUACCUUACAGGGAAUGUUGCCAGUUGCACCUUUGAAUGGUUUUACUUUUGUACAAGGUGUUUUUUUACUGUUGCACUUGAUUAAGUGAUCAGGUAAUGAAUGUUUUUUAUCUUUAUGGAUGGAUCAUUUGUGGUAAUUCAUGUGAUAAAUAAAGAAUGUACACAUUGUACGGCAGUCCUCUCCCCAAAUGAGGAUUUGCAUGA